AUGCGUCCUAUGGUUACAAUUGAUGCGACACAUCUGAAAGGCAGGUUCAAGGGUGUUUUGUUUGUCGUUGUAUGCAAAGAUGCGAACGAGUGCGUAUAUCCAGUUGUGUUUGGCAUCGGCCAUGUUGAGGAUGAAGACUCGUGGACGUGGUUUCUUAGCAAGCUGCCUGAUGCUGUUCGUUGUCCUGAAAACACUAUGUUCAUUUCUGAUCAGCAUCUCGGCAUUAAGAAAGCAAUCCAAAAUGCAUACCCAGAAGCGCACCAUGGUUUAUGCGAUUACCACUUGAAAAAAAACUUUAAAAACAAGUUCAAGCGCGACGAUGUUUGUAUGUUUUUCACCCUUGCUCGAGAUUGCUAUAAGGUGGCUGAUUUCAACAGACAUAUGAACCAGAUACAGCAGAUUCACCUGGGAGCCCACGUGAACCUUAUGAGAAUAGGGCCUGAGAAAUGGGCACGUGCAUGUUCACCAACAAGGCGAUACCAAAUCAUAACAUCCAACAUUGCAGAAUGUGUUAACUCAUGCUUGAAGCAUGCAAGACAAAUGUCGAUCACUGUUUUGAUCGAGUUCAUCAGAGACAUGUUUCAGCUUAAGCCUAUCAAUCGAGUGGAGUUCGAAGUUAAAGACGGGAAGAUGGACGGACUUGUAAACCUGUCCAGGAAGACGUGUUCAUGUUCCAUUGAAUUCUGCGCUGACUACUACAAGACAACCUUUUUCGUGGAGGGUUAUUCAGGAUCCAUUAGGCCGGUAGGGCAUCCUAGUGAGUGGGACAUCCUCCCUCAUGUGAAACAAUUUGUCGUCUUGCCCCCACCUUGGCGAGGCCAAGCAGGAAGACUUAGGAGGAGAAGGAUUCCAUCAGCUGGUGAAAGCAGUCGAGCAUGGAGAUGUUCGCAAUGCAAGAGGUACGGGCAUAACAGACAGAACUGCUCAUCCCCAUUUGCAGUUCCAUCCACAAAUCCGACACCAUCUCCAAGUCAAUCGGUGACUCCACGACUGCGCUGA